AGGCAAGGACCGAACGCGGAAUGCGGAGGGAGGCCGUUGCUUCCGCCCGCCCCUCGCGAGCCCCUCAGGCGACGACGGCGAGGGCGAGGGCCGCUUCUGCCUGGAGCCCAACCGCCUCCCUUUCGGAAGAAGGAGAAGAAGAAGGGCUUGAGCCCCGGCCUCGCCCGCCUUUUCUGUGGCGGACUCGGACUGACUGGCCGCCGCCCUCCGCCUCAGACAUGCCCCGCCGAGGAGGACCAUGACGGCGGCGGCGGCGGCGGCGAACGGGGCGAGCCUGGAGGACUGUCACUCCAACCUCUUCUCCUUGGCGGAACUCACAGGCAUCAAGUGGCGCAGGUAUAACUUUGAGGGCCAUGGAGAUUGUGGCCCUAUUAUUUCGGCCCCUGCGCAGGACGAUCCGAUUCUUCUGAGCUUCAUCCGCUGUCUUCAGGCCAAUCUGCUGUGUGUCUGGCGCCGGGAUGUCAAACCAAAUUGUAAGGAGUUAUGGAUAUUCUGGUGGGGAGAUGAGCCAAAUUUAGUGGAUGUGAUACACCGUGAACUGCAGAUGGUGGAAGAAGGACUUUGGGAGAAUGGGCUUUCCUAUGAGUGCAGAACCCUGCUUUUCAAGGCAAUCCAUAACCUGCUGGAAAGAUGCCUAAUGGAAAAGAACUUUGUAAGGAUUGGGAAAUGGUUCAUCCGGCCAUAUGAGAAAAAUGAAAAGCCCAUUAACAAAAGUGAGCAUUUGUCCUGUGCCUUCACAUUUUUCCUUCAUGGGGAAAGUAAUGUGUGUACAAGUGUGGAGAUUGCCCAGCACCUGCCAAUAUAUCUAAUAAGCGAGGAGCACCUCCGCAUGGCUCAGGUUUCCCCGGUGCCAUUUCAAGUGCUGAUAAGCCCAUAUGGUUUGAGUGGUACUUUAACAGGGCAAGCAUACAAGAUGUCAGAUCCAGCAACCCAGAAACUAAUUGAGGAGUGGCAAUAUUUUUACCCAAUGGUGCUGAAGAAGAAAGAGAGCUUGAAGGAAGAAAAGGAACUGGGAUACGACGAUGAUUUUCCGGUGGCAGUAGAAGUCAUAGUUGGUGGUGUCCGAAUGGUGUAUCCUUCAGCUUUUGUUCUCAUUGCUCAAAAUGACAUUCCUGUCUCUCUGAGCACUUCUGCACCUGGAGCCCACAACAACAUGGUACAGCAGGGAACCGGAAACAUGAAAGAUGCCAGCUGUGGAAUGUUACUUACACCACCUAUCUCUCCAGAGCAGACAGUCAUAGGUGAAAGUGGAGGCAUUCCUAGCACGGUUGGCCAUACAGUGCCAGCGCCAGAUGGGACGGUCACUGUGCAGAGUCCAAAGAAAUCAGAGAAGAUUCCUCCAAAAUUGCAGAAUCAUAUGGUUAACAAGGUUUGGAAGGAAUGUAUCCUCAACAGGUCACAGUCCAAAAGGGCUCAGAUUACUGCGAGAAAUGCGGAGAAAAAAGCCCCUAUCAACUGUACUUCUUGGGAUUUUGUUGAUCCUAUCCAAAGAGUUCGCUGCUCUUGCUCUAGGCAUAGGUUCCUUAGGCAACGCUUUGGUUUGGGUUUCGGUCGACCAUCAUCAUUAUCACAAUCUGGGAUUGGCAUGGGAUCCUCCUCUUCUUCCACUUUGCUGCCAUCUGCCUCUAAGCACAAAACCACAGAGAGGCAGGAGAAAGUGGAGAAAUUUCAGAAGAGAUCGCUACUACCGUUUCACCAUCGGCCCUCUCUUACUGAAGAGCUCUGUAUGGAACAGGCUCCACCGGGGCAGAAGAUGGCCUUGGUGGGUAUGGAGCCUUCCUUGGAAGCCCCUGGCAGCCGGAAAUAUGAGAAACAGCUCUCUCUACCACCACCACCUCACUCAACCAAACAAAAAAAUUUGAAUCCUGUGGAUUCUCCCCAUUCCCCCACAUCCCCUCUGCCUCCCACUCUUAGUCCCCAGCCAAGAGGGCGGGAAUCUGAGAGUUUAAACCCAUCAUCAGUUCCUGUGAAUCCAGCCCUCUGCAACAGUGGAUUAGAGCUCCAGCCACUGCCUAGCACAGAGGACAGGACAGUUCUUGGAGGACAGAGGCUACCUCUUAUGGAAGAAGUCGGUGGUAUGGUUUUGUAUUGCGGGAUUAUACACAACCAAAAGUCACUGAGUAUGUGGCAGGGAUAUACUCUUCCCUCCAGUGGAAAUCCAGAGUUCAGGCCUCCGGAACUCCAUUGUGAGAGAUAUGACACCAAGGUGGAUAUGGUAUUUGAAAGCACUGCACUGAAAAGGCUCUUAGCACAACCUAAUAAAAGAUUUAAAAUUUUGGGAGAAACCUCCUCUGGGCCAUCAAUGAAUUAUUUUGACCCAUUCCCUCUACUACGGCGGCCUGGUGAAUGUUUGGGAGAUGUCAGUGAUCCUUACACGUUUCAGGAUGGGGACAUCAAAUACAGCUUCACUGGAACUAGAAAGUGUAAACUUGGAAUUGAUAGAGAAUUGCUGAAGAAGAAUAAGUCAGAAGAUGGAACUGGGACUAAGGAGAUUUCUGUAUCGGGUCAUCCUACCACUGUGCCAGAUGGAAAAGAUGCAAUGUCCAUUUUCAGUUCAGCUCCUAAAACAGACACACGGCAAGAUAAUGGUGCAAGUAGGGCUGGUUCUAGUAGCCUCAUGCAAGUUACAGACUUGGCUCCCUCGCUACAUGAUUUAGACAACCUCUUUGAUAAUUCUGAUGAAGAUGAGUCUGGACUUGUCUCUCCUUUUCCCCAUUCAUCCAAAGUGCCUCCAGUGGGGACUGAAGAACGCUCUUUGGGCAAGGAUGGCAGGACAGCAGUGCCCUAUCCCCCAACUGUGGCAGACCUGCAGAGGAUGUUUCCUACUCCACCAUCCUUGGAGCAACACCCUGCUUUUUCUCCAGUGAUGAAUUAUAAAGAUGGUAUCAGCUCAGAGACAGUGUCUACGCUGGGGCUGAUGGAAAGUCCAGUGGUCAACAAGAUUACAAAUCAACUCACAGAGUUUAAAAUGGAGGUGGAAGAUGGAUUAGGCAGUCCUAAGCCGGAAGAAAUAAAGGAUUUUUCCUUUGUGCACAAGGUUUCAACCUUUCAGCCCUUUAUGGGCUCUUCUGCGUUUGCACCUUUGAAGAUGCUACCAAGCCAGUGCCUGCUACCUCUGAAGAUUCCAGAGGCCUGUGUCUAUCGGCCAUCCUGGGCUAUUCCUCCAAAAAUUGAACAACUUCCUUUACCAUCUAACGCUACUUUCAUCAGGGAUGGUUACAGCAAUAUACCCAGUGUUGGAAGCCUAGCAGAUCAAGACUAUCUUCAGAUGAACACUCCCCAGAUGAGCACUCCUGUGACACUAAACAGUGGUGCCCCAGCCAGCAACAGUGGAGCUGGGGUCUUGCCUUCCCCAGCCACCCCCCGUUUCUCCGUGCCUACACCACGCACACCCAGGACCCCAAGGACUCCUAGAGGUGGGGGCACUGCCAGUGGGCAAGGAUCGGUAAAAUAUGACAGCACAGACCAAGGGUCACCAGCCUCAACACCCUCUACAACUCGUCCCCUUAAUUCUGUGGAGCCAGCUACCAUUCAACCAGUCCUAGAGGCCCAUAGCCUGUAUGUCACGCUCAUUCUUUCCGACUCGGUGCUGAAUAUCUUUAAAGAUAGCAACUUUGAUAGCUGCUGCAUUUGUGCUUGCAACAUGAAUAUCAAGGGUGCAGAUGUGGGGCUUUAUAUUCCGGAUUCAUCGAACGAAGACCAGUAUCGGUGUACUUGUGGAUUUAGUGCAAUUGUGAAUCGCAAACUAGGGUACAACUCUGGGCUGUUCAUUGAGGAUGAAUUGGAUAUUUUUGGCAGGACUUCGGACAUUGGCCAAGUUGCAGAGAGGAGGCUGAUGAUGUGUCAGACCACCUUAAUUCCUCAGCUAGGAGAGGGAUCCAAAAAGAUUCAGGAACCUCCAGUUAGCCUCCUCCUCCUCCUUCAGAAUCAGUACACCCAGCCUUUCACCUCAUUGAGCUGCUUGGAUUACAUGUCUGCAACCAGCCGGCAAACACUACCUUACACAGACUGGAAUUAUGACAGACUUCAAGCUGAAAGUAAUGAUUCCUGGAUUGAGUGCUUCAAUGCCCUGGAGCAAGGCAGGCAGUAUGUGGAUAAUCCUAUUGGUGGGAAAGUGGAUGAAGCUCUUGUCAGAAGUGCUACGAUUCACUCUUGGCCUCACAGUAAUGUUCUAGACAUCAGCACUCUAUCUUCCCAGGAUGUGGUGCGUAUGCUGCUUUCUCUCCAGCCCUUUCUGCAGGAUGCCAUCCAGAAGAAGCGGACUGGCAGGACCUGGGAGAACAUUCAGCAUGUUCAAGGACCCCUCACUUGGCAACAGUUCCAUAAAAUGGCAGGACGUGGAACCUAUGGUUCAGAAGAAUCUCCCGAGCCUCUUCCAAUCCCUACUUUGCUGGUUGGUUAUGACAAGGACUUGCUGACAAUCUCUCCAUUCUCUUUGCCAUUUUGGGAGAGGCUACUGUUGGAUCCAUAUGGGGGUCAUCGAGAUGUUGCCUAUAUUGUGGUGUGUCCAGAAAAUGAGGCCUUGCUUGAUAGAGCCAAAACGUUCUUCAGAGACCUGAGCAUUGUAUAUGAGAUGUGUCGGCUUGGGCAGCAUAAACCAAUCUGUAAAGUAUUGCAUGAUGGGAUCAUGCAAGUGGGGAAGACGGUGGCUCAGAAGCUAACAGAUGAGCUUGUGAGUGACUGGUUCAACGCACCUUGGGGCACUGAAGACUGUGACAAUCAUUCCAAGCUGAAACUUUAUGCGCAAGUGUGUCGUCACCACCUAGCACCUUACUUAGCUACUUUGCAACUUGAUAGCAGCCUGCUGAUGCCACCUAAACAUCCAAAUGCACCAUCAACAUCAUUGAGCAAGGAGCGAAGACUAUCUGGGAGUGCAGCAUCAUUUACUCCCAGCUCAACCUUUCUUGCUCCAUCUGGGACUCCUUCAACUGGCAGUUCUUUCUCUUCCGCAUCCAGUGGUAGAACUACAAGCCUCCCAGUGGGCAGCACUUCAGCCUCAGGGUCUACAGUGCCACAGUUGUCAGUGUCAUCCUCAGCAUCUAGUAUUAAGCAGACAAACACUACCUCUGCAUCAGGGUUCAGCAGUGGCCUACCUCAAGGUCAAAACCCAAUUCCUGGGGCAAAUCCCAUGGAGAGAUCCCAAGGAAAUUCAUUCUCAGGAAGAGAUGCAGAGUUGGGACAUAACUCAUCUCAGCAGCAUCAAGAAGGGCUGGAAAGUUCUGCAGAGAGGGAAAGAAUAGGAGUUCCUUCCGAGUCAGAGUCUGCAGAUAGCCAUGUCUACCCUCCUGCUGUCGUCAUUUAUAUGGUAGAUCCUUUCACCUACACUUCAGAGGAGGAAUCUGCCUCAACCAACCACUGGCUCUUGAGUCUGAUGCGAUGUUACACAGAGAUGCUGGACAGCCUUCCUGAAAACAUGAGAAAUUCUUUCAUUCUUCAGAUUGUGCCUUGCCAAUACAUGCUGCAAACCAUGAAGGAUGAGCAGGUCUUUUAUAUUCAGCACUUGAAGUCUCUGGCAUUUUCAGUCUACUGCCAGUGCAGGCGACCACUGCCCACACAGAUUCACAUUAAGUCUCUGACGGGCUUUGGGCCAGCUGCCAGCAUUGAAAUGACUCUCAAUAACCCUGAGCGGCCCAGUCCCAUUCAGCUGUAUUCUCCUCCAUUUAUCCUGGCACCCAUCAAGGACAAACAGACGGAGCUGGGGGAGACCUUUGGAGAAGCCAGCCAGAAGUACAAUGUACUUUUUGUUGGGUAUUGUUUGUCUCAUGAUCAGCGCUGGCUCCUGGCUUCCUGCACUGACCUGCACGGCGAGUUGCUGGAAACAUGCAUUGUCAAUAUUGAUCUGCCAAACAGGUCAAGGAGAUGCAAAGUAUCACCCCGUAAAAUUGGCUUGCAGAAGCUAUGGGAAUGGUGCAUUGGGAUCAUCCAAAUGACAUCACUCCCGUGGAGAGUUGUGAUUGGCCGACUUGGUCGACUUGGCCAUGGGGAACUAAAAGAUUGGAGCAUCUUGCUUGGAGAGUGUUCAUUGCAGGCCAUCAGUAAACAGCUGAAGGAGGUGUGUCGAAUGUGUGGCAUCUCCUCUGCAGACUCUCCUUCAAUUCUUAGUGCCUGUUUAGUUGCAAUGGAGCCCCAGGGGUCAUUUGUGGUGAUGCCAGAUGCUGUUACCAUGGGAUCUGUGUUUGGCCGCAGCACUGCUCUUAAUUUGCAGUCAUCCCAGCUGAAUACUCCGCAGGAUGCCUCUUGUACACACAUCUUAGUUUUUCCAACCUCCUCAACCAUCCAGGUCGCUCCUGCAAAUUAUCCAAAUGAGGAUGGAUUCAGCCCUAAUAAUGAUGACAUGUUCGACCUUCCAUUCCCGGAUGAUAUGGAUAAUGACAUUGGAAUUCUAAUGACUGGGAAUCUUCACUCUUCUCCAACGUCAUCUCCUGUCCCUUCUCCCUGCUCUCCUGGUAUUGGAGUAGGUCCAUCUUUCCAUCAUAGUCGGAGCCAAGGAGAACGUCUCCUCUCCCGAGAAGCACCUGAAGAACUCAAGCAACAGCCUCUUGCACUGGGGUACUUUGUCUCUACUGCCAAAGCUGAGAAUCUUCCUCAAUGGUUCUGGUCAUCUUGUCCGCACGCUCAGAACCAAUGUCCCCUCUUUCUGAAGGCAUCACUGCAUCACCACAUCUCUGUAGCACAGAUGGACGAACUCCUCCCUGCCCGGAACUCGCAGAGGGUUCCUCAUCCCUUGGACUCUAAAACCACGUCUGAUGUCCUGAGGUUUGUUUUGGAACAAUACAAUGCACUCUCCUGGCUUACAUGCAAUCCUGCAACUCAGGAUCGCAGCUCCUGCCUUCCUGUCCACUUUGUGGUGCUCACACAGCUAUACAAUGCCAUCAUGAACAUCCUUUAAUGACUACGAAGCACCUGGCAAAUUGUCACCUUUAAACUGAGAAAUGUGCCAUGGCCUAUAAAUUCAAACUGUCCUCCUCUUGAGAUCCAGCUUUCGAGCACCAUGCAGCAAUUUGCUUACUUUGGAGUCAUGGGGGGCUUCUUCAGUGUUUGGAAUAUACCAGAUGGAGCAUGCCAGCACUUUGGACAAGCGUUUUGGACAUUGGAUGUAUUAAAGCCUCAGAGCAGUGUUAAGUUGUUGGCUAAACAUUAUAGAACAACAGAUUGCAGAAGACCAUGUCUUACUUUUUCAGUGCACAGAUAUCUGCUUAAGCAACAAGGGUCUUGUCAUUCUGAAGCAAAACACUGUCAUGGUCUGUGCACAUGGUCCAGAACUAUCCCUGAAAACCAUAGGAUGGACUUGGCUGCACAGAAGAACCCAUUCGAUUCCUUCAAAAACAGUGGGAGUUUCUGUCUAUCAGGAAUAAAGUAGAUUGUUGAAGUGUUUAUUACCUGUCCACAUAGGUAUGAAAGGUCUGGAGAUCAUCUUAAGUUUGCUUGUUGUUUUGUUGUUUGUUUGUUUAUUUAUUUAUAGGGGCUAUUAACUUAUAGAGCACCAGGUACAGUACAGCUCUAUUCUGAGAACUAUUUAAUGACAUACCUCUCACUGUUCAGACCUGGGGCAAAAUAUAUGAAAAAUCCAGGUAUUGGUUAGGAAGAGCAAAUCAGUACGAACAACACGGAUUGUUACCUUUUUAGAGUGUGGGCCCUAUGAAUUAAGCAGAAGGAAGAAGCAUUGAUUUGGAAAGAAGUUUGACAAAUUUAGGAAUUUAUUCUUGAAGCUCAAGUCACCCAUCAGCUGGGACAGACUUCUCCUCCAGCGACAUACAUAUCAAAAUAUGAUAUAAGAUACACACGUCUUUGUUUGCACUCUUGUCAGUGUCAAUUCUGGUGUCUGCAAAAAGAAAUAUUAUUUCAACAAAGCGAUUUCAUUCCACGAGUACUUUAAAAACCGCUGGGACAGGGAAAGAACCUAGUUGAAAACGUUGGCUUCAAAAACAUUGCAAGCAAAUCGCAUUAUUUCUAUGACUCCUGGACUGUAAGAUUGGCGAGGUCUAUAGUGUAAACUCAUGCUUCUAAUGUUUGCUGUUGCGCAGCGCGACAGGCAAAGACAUGGGUUACUUUGAAGAAGAAGAACCAAGUAGGUAAGAAUUGGUUAGCUGUUCCCAAUUUUUUGAAGUUCUUCCAAAAGUCUGUCUUGUUCUGGUUAAAGAAAAUUUUUAAAUUUCUAUGAAAUGAAAGAAAUAUUUUUCUUGAAAUGAUAGUGUAAUGUUUAAAUCAAAUUUAUUAUUGAAAAAAUAAUAAUAAUCCCAUGCAAGAUGGGGAAGGAUUUGUCACAAAAAAAGGACCAUCGAAAUGGAUCACUCUCUGCCUCAACUCACCCACCUGGGAGAACCUUUGUAUUGUACAGAAGGAAAAUCAGAUAUAUUAAAACCAUUUGUAUCUAAUGUAUACAAUGUAAAUCUGGUUUUUAAAAUAUUGCAUAUUUUUUCUUAAUCAGAAAGGAAAAUUGUGAAGGCCUUUUGAAGAGCAUUAAAAGAAUAAAAAAAGAUUGUAAACUUGUAUUUAAAGAUGUUGAGAGGAAAACUGUGUAAAGGUGUCUUUUACCACUUUGGGGUUUUCCACGUUCACCUGACCCUUGGGUUAUUGUUGGGUUGACUUUUUAAUGUGAUGUUUUUAGCAAAGGGGUUAUUUUCUUCCCCCAGAGAUCCAGUUUUAAUGCAAAAAUGAACAUAUCCCCCCAACUUAGAAGUAAGGGGAGGGGGGUAGCAAGACGUACUUUUCAUCUAGUGUUGUUUUUAUUUAAUUUUUUUUAAGUUAAGAGAAACUGUUGGCAUAUUUAUACAUUUUUGUGCAAAAUAAAUGAACGGCAAUAGAUUUUAAAAGAAAAAAA